CAGCAAUCGGAGUUUGAUGAGCGAGACGGUUUCACGGGAAUACGCUCGAGUCCGAAAAAAAAAAAAGUUAGCUGGCUAUCUAAUUACUUCUGUCUGCAUCAGGACAGGAAUCGAGUGAUAUGACCGCAGGAAUGGAUCUGAAAUCGCCGCGUUUAUGUUACAUUUUUAUGAUUGUCAUCUCAGGUGCAGUGCAUGGGCUACAGAUCACCUCCACAGGACCCACUUCUAUAGAGAUGGCCAGUGGUGGGAGUGUGAAACUGGACUGCCAGUUUAGCCUUGCCACUCAGGACGCAGGACCCCUGGACAUCGAAUGGAGUCUUCAGCCUUCUGACAACCAGAGAGAAGAGAAAGUGAUAAUCUUGUACUCAGGUGACCGAGCCUAUGACGACUAUUACCCUGCUCUGAAAGGCAGAGUUCACUUCAACAGCUCUGAUCCUAAGAAAGGCGACGCCUCCAUUAACCUCUUGACGCUUCAAGCAUCUGACACAGGCACUUACCAGUGUAAAGUGAAGAAGGCACCUGGCAUUGGCAGUAGGAAGGUGCUGCUCACCGUUAUGGUCCGUCCCUCUACACCCAAGUGUUCCACAGAGGGGUCUACUUAUAUUGGAGACAAUGUUGUACUGAAAUGCAAGUCCAGUGAUGGCACUAGUCCACUACAGUACAUUUGGGACAGAAUCAGUGGAAAUAAACUACUUCCAGCAACUGCUGUUACAGAUCCUGCAUCGGGUACAAUCAGCAUGCGUAAUGCUAGUGAGGCGAUAUCUGGAACAUACCGCUGUACUGCCAAGAACCGGGUGGGCACAGACGAGUGUGUGCUGCAGCUCAAAGUCAUACAACAACCCAACACUGCUGGUAUCAUAGCAGGUUCAGUGAUCGGUGUGCUGUUGCUCCUUCUCCUAAUUGCCCUCAUCCUGUUCUGUUGUUGUCGUGCCCGCCACAGGAAGAAGUAUGAGAAGGAAAUCUCCUAUGAGAUCAGAGAGGAUGUGCCCCCUCCUAAGAGCCGGAUCUCCACAGCACGUAGCUUUGCCAGUGCUGGCAGCCAGCGCUCCUCUCUGGGCUCCAUGUCCCCCUCCAACCUCCAUGAGUACUCCAAGGCCCAGUAUGACAAGGUCCCCUCCGAGGAAUACGACCAGCCACCCAGCCAUGCGCCACUGCCCCCACCCAGCAGAAUGGCUGGACCCAACCUCAGCCGUAUGGGGGCAGUUCCUGUCAUGGUCCCAGCACAGAACAGAGAUGGAUCUAUUGUGUAGGGCAGCGUGGGUGUAGGAGACGGCCAGUGACGGUGCUGCCAGCGUAAACACACCAAAUAGCCACUGCCAUUCCCCCACAGUGAGCUUCUCUGAACUCUUGCUGAAACAUGAUUUUACUUCCAGAAGUUCAGCUGACAUGGAUACAGAAAGUCCUAGGACUCAAUGCUCAGAUAUAUGAAGGUGGACACACUCAGUUCUGCAUUGUAAAUUGUAUGCAUUACCUUUUUCUUUUUAAGUGUCUAGUGAGAGAUACUCUAACUGAUCAGACUCUGCCUUUGCCUGUGAAAUUACAUUUAUUCCAGCAAUAAAACUAAAGAUUUAACUGAUGCAGAUCAUGAACCUUGUUUCUGCAGCAGUCUGUAUUGCACUGCUAGAUUGAAAUCCAACAAUUGGGAUUAGAAUGUUCAGUCCAAAUCAGUUUAAUCCUCUUCAAAUGCCAUUUAAGACUUUAGCUUUUUCCAGUUUUCUCCCCCCCAAGUUAAAAUCUUAAUUAAGAAAAUAUUCUCCUAUAGGUUUUAUGUUGCCAUCUGCUCAGUUUUGUAGGUUUACCGUGUGACACAUCAUCAUAGAUAGAAACACUAAUAGACUAAACUUUCCCCCUUAUAUAGAAAUUAUUAUUGUUUUUUUUUUACUUUUUCAUCUUUCAGUGCCUGAGAGCUCUUGAGGUGUGCCAUAGUGAUUAACAACUUGACUGGUCACCGUUAAUUUCUGGUCACCUGUUAGUUAAUUUUUGCUUGGAUUUGCUUGUGAUCCCAUUCCAACUCAUGGUGUACAUUAUGGAUAAUUGAAGGCUGAAGUUGAAUUUAAUGGUUUUAAAAGUCUCAGACAAGAUGCCCUCAACAGGAUGGUCCAUGAAGCUUCUGAUUCUAGAGCCAUGUUACCCAAACCUGAAAAGAGUCACCUCAAUAUCUUUGUGCAUCUGUGGGAGUAUGAGGGUGAGUGGGUGUCAUAAAUUUGUUUUACACUUUAUAUGACGGUAUAUGAAAUGUUUAUGGGGGAAAGCUGUAACCAACACACAAAAUGUAUCACUACAGUAUUUUGUUUGUUCAAGUGACUCUGUAACCAAGUGUGAAAAGUCCAGAAGGCAUCUCCAUAUAGAAUACUAUUGAUACCUGUAACAAAGUCCCUCAGAAAUCUCAUACACAAGAGCUUUUGUGGUUUUGUUUGUGCUUACAGCAAACAUUUCAGAAUUCAUCAGUCCCAACUCUCAUUGUAGGAUUUCUGUAACAGUCAUCAUAGGGUUCCCUUAACCCUAACACUCAGAGCAUAGGGUUUCUCCAACCCUUACACAGCCCUCAGUAUAAGGUUACCCUAACACAUUUAGCAUAGCUCAUUUGUAAGCAGAUGGUGACCUACCUGGCUCGCUUCUGGUGCCUUUUUUCCCCUGCUGGUUAUUGGGUAUCACACAACACAAGUAUUAAGUUCUGUUUAGUUUCUAACUCCUUAACUAACAACUUUAUAACAAUGUUAAACUACUAAUUUGGACAGAGACUAGUUUAGACUGAGAUUAUAACUGUAGGGAUGAGAGUUACUUUAUGCUAAUUAGGUCCUCCUGACUGUGUAUUAAUUUGUUAAAACAACCACUGACCAGUUAACUAGUCUUUAACUUGUGGCUAGUUAUUAUCUUCUGACUACUUGUACAGUUGCAUCUGAAAACCUACUAGUAAAUCUAGAAGUAGCAGUGCUGUUCAUAACCUCAUGUGUUAGUGUUGUUUUAUAGGCUAUGCACAUGACAUGUUAGUCACUGUGACUAUGCCCACCAAGUGGCAAAAAGACAGUGGCAGCAUUGGCGUUUAGUUUGAAUGCCAGGAAAAAAGAUCUAAUGUAUGAAACCUGUUGUGCAAUAGACUGUACAAAUAGAUUCAGGAAGAAUUCGGAGCUAUCUUUUUACAGAGUGCCGGAAGCUAAAGUAAAGAUGACCAUGUUUGCUAUCAAGACAUGCCCAGUCUAGACAACUAGCCAGAUAACUAGAAUUGGAAGUUAUACUUGGAACAAGGAAAAAUUAAAGUACUCAGUGACCCCAAGAUAUUUUGUACAUUAGAUUUAAUGGUAACAUUGGAGAAGUUGUUUUAUCUGCAUAAAUACAUAACAUUAUUGAGUGGCAUUGUGAGGUGCAAAGUAGGCCUAGUUAGGUAAGGUUUUUCAAAUACAAGCUGUAAUAUAAAUGUUUGUACAAACCUAUCCAUAUAUUACCAGACUAUCCAUGCUUGUCCUAAAUACUUAAAUUUCACCAAUAAAUCCUGCCUUGUAGUAUGACCCAAAUGUCAGUGUAGUGUAUUUCCCUAGCAUUGAAAUCGAAAUCAAUAAUUAAUUGGGAUAGAUUGCUGUCAAGUCAAACUGCCUUUAAUUUAAGCACAGUAUUGUUUUUCAUUCCUCAUUACACCUAAAUGUUUUGCCCUCCAAGUCUGACGGGGGUGGAAUUCUGACAGAAAAGUGACAUCAUUGCAUACCCUCUAUUGUAGUGGUGUGUUGUACCAAAUACACUCUGACCAGGCAGGUUUAUAGUCACAGGCAUUCAGUAAAGCACAAUCUGAUAAUCCCUCAGUGUGUGUGUUUUGUUGUCCUUUUAGAAAUUCAUUCAGUCUUUACAAAAAUAGAAGCAUUUUCCAAAAAAGUCAAUGGUUUUCCAGUAGGCAGAGUUUCUGUUGACUAUGUAAAUAUAUUUACUGUAAUUCUGUUUGGAUGAUGAAAGGAUUUUUCCAGUGAAGUAUGUGUACAAAUCUGUACACUGGAUAGCACUGUAAGGUAAAACACAAGGUAAGAAAAUGAUCAUUUGGUGAGAGAAGGGUGAAGAACCACAGCUUUGAUUGCUUCCAUUGACCCAGCACUCACUUUGCUGGUACUAUUCUUACAAAGCAGCCUUGCCAAUUCUUUCUGAUUUAAGAUGUGCUUAAAGGUGUUGAUUUGAGUUUUUAUAAAGAGAGAUGGAAUCGGGUCUCUAUGAGCACUGAUGUACUGAUGCUUUGUGCUCAUGCUUGCUUGGCACAGAAUGUGUGUUCUGCUUGGAUUUUACUUCAGGGUAUAUUUCUGUAAAUUACAUACUGAGCGGGUUAUCAGUACAGAUCCUUUUAAAAGGAAAUUGUACAUUUCUUAUCUCUACUAAUUUAAACAUCUGCUAAUAUUUCCUAUAGCUGUUCACCUCUGUACUGAUAUUUUAGUUUUUUAAUUUCUGGUUUUCUCCUUUUUGUGUACAUUUUUUG